AGAAAUGCAGGCAGACGAUGGCGCUUCUCCCCUGCCUCUGUACCAUGGGCCUUGACAUCGAGUGUCUUAAAGUAUCAUGAGUUUGUGAUCCGAACCCUCCCAGUGCUCCAUGCCAGCUCAUGUGUCCCUUCCCCGGGGGGUUCGGUUCUCAUUCCAGAUGAAGAGCAUGAACGUGGGAGAACCGCGAGCCUUCCCCUUCAUUGAGCCGUCCCCACCAGCCCGGCUGGAAACAGCCAUCCUCUACCUCCGAGGCCAGGGCGCCCUGGACAGCUCAGAGUCCCUCAUCCCCAUCGGGUCCCUGCUGACCCAGCUGCCCGUGGACGUUGUGAUUGACUUCAGGGCCAACCACAGACAGUGUGCUCAGGGAUGCUUUGGGCCGCCCUUCCAUCGUCCCACGUGCCCCUCCAUCCUUGUCGAGGAAGAAGCCAAAAUGGCAUCCUUCACCUGGUAGAAAGAGGUCAGUUUGGGAAACUUCAGACACCUGUUGGCCUGUAUCUGACUCUGUCACUUAUUAGCUGUGUUAUCACCUGUAUGAGACUCGGUUUUCUGAAUUUUGAAUGAGUGUACAGGAACCACCACGACAAACCCAGGCAGAAAGCUGAAGGAGAGGGUACUGUCUGCUCCAGUCCAGAAGUCUGAUAUCAAAUUGAAAAAGCAGGAAGGCAACAGCGUCCUCAGGUAGGAGCCGCUGGGCGUUGAGGUUCACGGGGGGCAGAGGCCCCAAAACACAUCAACGUGUACCUGGGAUUGUCUGAUCAUUCUAGAUCUCGAGUCCAUGUUCUCAGCCCACGCACUACGAUGGUAGGGAAUCGGAGGCCCACAGAGGGGCUAGGGCCUUGUCUGUCAUUUGUCUGCCUCUGGGACCUCAUGUCUUGUGCUCGGCGCCCUUGGCCUUUUUGUGG